CGCGGCCUUUUCUGUUCCCACCCUUCUUCUUAAUUCCACUCUGGCAAGCAACUCGGUCAAAGCGAUGCUUAGAAGUUGUUCUUUCGGCUCCGUUAACCCGUUUUUAGGAAAGCUGUUGCUACAAAGGAGAAAGGCCGACAGGCACCGACCGAACACCUAUGCCUGUCAAGGGCAGUAAGAGAACCUAGGACGUAGAAACCGGCACGCUUUUCUCCCUGGUUUGGAUCGCUACGAGGUGUUUAUUUCCUGGCUGCUUUUGUUGUUCGGUCUUUGCCGGGAUGUUCGUUUCCUGUGAUGGCUGUGCGUGCUCCGAUUUCAAAGGCUUUACUCUCCUUAUGCCAGCUGUAUCAGUGGGCAAUGUGGGCCAGCUGGCUGUAGAUUUAGUCAUUUCUACACUUCAUAUGCCCAGAGUUGGUUACUUUUAUACUGAUUGUCUUGUGCCAAUGGUUGGAAAUAAUCCAUAUGCAAUAACUGAAGAGGAUGCAACAGAACUAUGCAUAAAUGCUGAAGUGUAUGCAGCAACAUCAAAAGAAUUGGUGGUUCUGCAGAUCAGAUCACCAUUCAUAAAGAAUAAAUAUAGAUUGUUUUGUCAAAUAUUGCUGUCAUGGGUGAAAAACUCUGGAUUUUCCAAAAUUGUUCUCUUGUCAAGCAGUCAUGCUUAUCAGCGCAAUGACCAACAGCUUCAUUGCACUUCAUUACGAUACUUGAUUUCACCUGCCAUUGACAAAACUGUGAGAGAUAUUUUGGAAAGAUUGAGUGGCAGUGAAAUGGAGCAAAUAUCAGCAUUUCCUGGAGUAAAUGAUGAUAAAAUAUUCUAUAUUCCAGGAGGUGGAAUUACAAAACUAUUAUUUACAGAGAGUUGUUCAAAAGGAAUUCCACUGGUCGUUUUGCUGAAAUUCUGCUCUGAAGGAGAUAACAUUCCUGAUGCUUUUGCCCUUGCUGAUUACCUUAAUGAAACGUUUACACUAAUUGCACCUCAGCUAACCAAUUACAUGGCUGAGGGACACCUGAAGAAUCAACAGAGUAGCACUUCUCAAGCAAAAUCUUCACAAUGGAAAAUACCAAGUUCCUGGAAAUUACUUUUUGGCAGUGGACUCCCAUCUUCAUUGUUUUAAAUCAUACAUUGUUUUGCACAUAGUCUAUUUGUGUACAAUCCAAGUUGUGUUUUGCAUCUAUAGGCCUAUGUAAUCUUGUAUGUAAUUAAUGAUCACUUUUCAUGGAUACUUUAAUUUACCGGAGCAAACUUAUUAUAGCAAAACUGGAUAAAGUUGACAUAAAAUAUAUUCUUGGCAUACUUUUGGUUCAAAUAUCAAAAUGUUCCAUGCUUCUCAUUAUUCAUAUUUAAUUUCUUCUUAGAGUAAUAAAGGAAAACAGAUGUUCAACAUGUUUAUCACUCUCAUUUCUGUCACAUUUAGAUACAUGUAACAUUUGGACAAGAGGCAUUAUAGGUUAUGUGGUGAUCUUAUAUAUUCAGAAAAUUUUGUACAAAAUGAAGAUUUUAGAAAACCAUGGGUAUAUUUGACUCAAAUCAAAACUUAAGCUUUAUUAAAACAGGAAUUUGAGGCAUAUAAGUCUGUGUUAUAUGUGUUCGUAUUACAGGUACAGGGAUGGUUUCACUGUAAAAUGGGAAAACGUGGUUUAGUUUUAUAAGGUUGCUUUACUUUCUUUGUAGCUUUAACACUUGAAAUUUGAGUACCCAAAAUUGCUGCUCUUACAUAAAGCAGCUGUAAGUACUUAAAAAGAGAGCAAUGUUUUCAAAUGAGGUAUGUUAGUAUUUGGCAAAUGUAUUUCUAAGCUGGUUAAAACAAUUAUGUCACUAAAGAAGAAACUGAUAUUGGAGUGUCCCAAAUGCAAAUAUAUCCCUUUGACUUGUACCUUGAGAUAAUUAUUUUCUUUUAAAUACAAACUGAAGAGAAAAUGAACUUUUGAAAACGCUCUGGAUAGAUCCACUUUCCCCAUUGAAUCUUCUAAUCUAAAAUGUGUAUGUCCAAUGCUACCAAAACAGAUUUUGUUAUUUAAAUAUUCUCUAUUUGUAAUAAAUUUAAUCUGUUAAGUUCUCACUGAAAAUAGAAUGGAAUAAAACACAAGGAAUCAUGUAGAAAUAUUGUAGCUUAAACCAAGAGUAGUAAUAACGUAGCAUUUCUCAGAGCAUUGCCAAUAAUCUUUCUGGAACUAAAUAAAAAUAUACACACAACAGCAUAUAAAUUAAAAAAAAUAUUUAAUGCUGCCAAAAAUAUAAAAAAAAUACAAGAAUGGCAGUACAAAGUAUUUUGUGAAUGUGAUCUUACAACUCUCUACAGUUAAUACAAGCAUAAAACUCGUAAGACAAAUUCUUUUGCAAAGUCUCUUGCUGGUGAUAUACUUCAUUCCCUGUUUGUUUACGCUGUAAACAGAUAUUUAUGAGGCCGCGUGUAUAUUGCUCAGACCUCAUUUUUCAUUUUUGUUUCCUGAAGAACAGU